AUGGAGCAAAUGUACCUCAUCGAGAUAUUCAUUGACAGAGUGACAAUAUACGCCACCUUAGAAGAUGAACAGAGUGGUGCCAAUAAAAAUCUUAUUAUCAAAAUAAGAUUUGGACCCAAAGUUGAAUUUAUUAUUAAAGAAGGACAAUUAGCCCUUAAUGAUGACAAAAAAGAUGAUGUUAUGGAAUGUGAUGAAAAUGGUAAAAGAAAAUGGUCAAGAACGAUUAGAGUAGGCAAAUCAUAUCUGUUUCCAUCUUAUCCUGAUACUGUACUCAUGAUUUUAAGCAAGUUUCCUUUAGAGAUUGAGAUAUGGAAUGACGAUGAGAACGAAGUGGAAAUAUUCGUGGGUGUUGGCACGAUGUAUUGGGAAAGUGAAUUUUUCCAUAUGCUUAAGGAGACAGCUGUUGCUAAUAAGAUACACGAACCACUUACUAUUAAACAGAAUACACCUUUGUUUGGUGAAUGUUAUUGUAAAAGGGUCGGCGAAAUCUCUUUCAUUCUUAGACUUAGUGCAUUGGGAGAAAGUAUAAUAACAGAAUUUCAGCAACUUAUGACUGACCCAGAUGCCUUUGUUUUUAGAACUAAUAAAGCACCGAGUAUGUUUCAAUGUAAACGAGUUGAAGGGGAUGAUAAAAACUUUUGUAUGGUUGGUAGUUUAUAUGAAACUACAACACUUGAAGAUCCAGAUGUUCAAAACAAUGCCCAACAGAAGAUUGAAAUUUGUACUGAACUACAAAGUUGUGGUAUGGGUCCAAAAGAUGGAGAUUAUAGAUGUAAACACGAAUCGAAGGAGUCCCAAGAAACACAAAAGAAAGCAUAUCCUAUUAAUAAAAUACGUAUGGGCGAUAUAACCGGUCCUUGUGGAAAUGCUAAUUGUCCGUUAGCCCAUAAAGUAAGAACAUAUAUUAGAAACUUAGAAGCUUAUAAAGAAAAAGCAGAAGGUAAAGUGGAAGGUACAAAAGACGAAGGGACUCGGAAAAUUUGUGGAAGUUGUGGAUGCAAAAAUGACAAGUGGCAUAGAGAUGAGUGCCCCAAUAAACAGGGCGAGGAAAAUAAAGCUGAGUGUGCAGGUUGCGGUGGAGUUACACCCGCUGGAGAAACAUGUGAGGAUAGACAAAAUAAAUUACAAGCUGCCUUUGUGUUUAGCGUUACACAAGUUCCAGGAUUUAAGGAAUCAGUAUAUGGUUCUAGCUAUACAGUUCAAAAUCUUGCAACCGAAUAUGAUUUCUUAUUAGCUGGCUCCAGUGCUCCUAAUAAUACCCAAAGUAUAUGUAAAUGUCGUCAAAACACAAAUAAACAAAAUAAAAGUGAAACCAGAAAUACAAUGAGUGCAACGGAUAUUAUACAGCCUGAUAAUAAAGCAUCCACGAGAAGCUUAAACAAUAAUACUCUUGUUUAUAACGUUGAACUAAAAGAUUCGUCCAGAAGAAAAAUGUCUGUUUUUAACUGUGUAGAUAUUGCUCAAGACAAGGAUUGUAAAUGCAAUCCUCCCAAACCUUCACCACCGUGUAAAACAUUUGACUGUGAGUGUAUUCAGAAGACUACUAAUGUAGCAUCUCGUAAAGCACACAAACCUUAUUGCCCACAAUAUAAACAUCGAAACACUUGCCCCAUAAUGAGGCAUGAAGAAGAAGAAAAUAAGAAACAAGAUCCAGAUGAAGAUGAAGCAGAACCUUUGCCUUAUGGGCUACCUCCCAUUCAACUCGGCCCCUGUCCUGUCAUCGGUAGACCUUGCUCUGUUCCUGAUGGUUUUGCAAGAAUGUACAAGACAGCAGCAAUAGCUCCACAACCACCCAGUUACAGCGAUGCUGGUAAAAUCUGUUGUUCAAAAGAGUACGAAAGGAUAAAGAAAGCAAUAGCUGAAUAUAUGAAGAAUGAAAAGGAUCAUGAUUUCCGAUGCAUAAAUAAGUUUAAUGUGGACACUGAAAGACGGUGUUGUGAUAAGGAGCAACGGCUGCUAGCUCUCGCUGGCAAAUCUUGUUGUGGUUCUCAUAAGUUAGCGAUACAAGAGAAUAAUGAAGAUAAAUGCUAA